CAACACUAAGCUUGGCUGUACACAUUUACCGUCUCUCCUCUCCUCCUUAGGGUUCUUCUCUCCGAUCACUUCUCCGACGCAGAAAUGACCAAGUUCAGGAAGCUCGGCCGUCAUGCGGGUCACCGUAUGGCCAUGCUCAGGACUCUGGUGUCUCAACUGGUGAAGCACGAGCGUAUAGAGACCACCGUCACAAAGGCUAAAGAGGUCCGUCGUCUUGCUGAUAAUAUGGUUCAACUCGGCAAAGAGGGCACACUCGCCGCGACAAGGCAAGCAGGUGGUUUUCUCAGAGGAGAUGAUGUCAUUCACAAGAUUUUCACAGAAUUGGCAUAUCGAUACAAAGAUAGAACUGGUGGAUACACAAGAAUGCUACGUACUCGCAUAAGAGUUGGUGAUGCUGCCCCAAUGGCCUAUAUCGAGUUUAUUGACAGAGAGAACGAGCUUAGGCAAUCGAGUCCACCAACACCUCAACCACCACAACGAGUGCCGUUGGACCCAUGGGCAAAAUCCCGCCUCAUGAAGCAGUACGCUCCACCUAAGGAGGAGAAAACCUCUGAUUCCGAGCUAUAAUGUGGAAACCAAAACUACUUCUAUCCACCAAAUAUCUUGUUGUUGCCUCUUAUGUAAACUUUCUCUAUCAUUUAGCAUUUGCCAUACUAUGUUUUCAAAAGCUAAAGAAUAAAGUCAGCUUGUUUUAUUGGUUCUGAA